GCAGAAGCUGGAGUGCAAACAAAUGGGAACAAAAGAAAUCAGGUUUUGAAAAUUGGACAUGGAGGAACUCUGGACAGUGCAGCAGCAGGAGUUCUGGUGGUUGGUAUUGGAAAAGGAACAAAAAUGCUGAAAACUAUGUUGGCAGGUUCCAAGAAGUACACUGCCAUUGGGCUGCUGGGCAAAGCUACUGAUACAUUAGAUGCUACAGGAAAAGUAACUGAAGAAAAACCCUAUGACCAGGUCACUAAAGGAGAUCUUGAAAAUGUGCUGCAAAAGUUCACAGGGGACAUCAUGCAAGUUCCUCCACUCUAUUCUGCUUUGAAGAAGGAUGGAGAAAGGCUUUCAACUCUGAUGAAGAGAGGAGAAGCAGUGGAAGCAAAGCCUGCUCGGCCAGUGAGAGUGUACAGCCUUUCUCUCCAGCAGUUCCAGCCACCACUGUUCACACUGGAUGUUGAAUGUGGUGGUGGCUUUUAUGUCAGGAGCCUGGUCAGUGACAUUGGCAAAGAACUCUCCACCUGUGCCACUAUGCAAGAGCUGACCCGAACCAAACAAGGGCCGUUCACGCUGGAGGAACAUGUCCUUUAUGAAGACAAAUGGACAAUUGAUGAAAUUGCUCGAUCCUUAGAGCAUUGCACGUCUCUUCUCCCGGGAGAGCCAUCUCAUAAAAAAUUGAAGACAGAGCAUCCUGGUGAAACUGCUGUGAGCUGUGAAGAUAAGUGAUAAGUUGGGUCAAGGAAAAAGACUGAAUGAUUGAGAUGUUUUAAGAUUGGAUUGGGAUUGUCUGUGCCUCCUGUGUAUAUCUACGAGUCUGUACUGGGAGGGUGACAAACUACAGCGCAAGAAAAAUGGUUCUUUUGUUUUCUGGGGGUAGAACGUGCACUGAAAAUAGUCAGUGCUUGCUGUUUCCUGAUUGUUUAUUUUCCUUCUUGCACACUGUGAAUGGAUCUGCCACUGAUGCCAAAUCUUCAUAAACUUUUAAAGAGCUUGUAGGAUGCAAGAUACUUGUUGUGGCUAAUUUCUCAAUAAAAAA